ACAAGACGCGUAUAAAGAGCAGCAGCAGCAGCAGUCGUCGGUAGUAGAUUGUAGCACUGAGAGGAAUUUUGAAAAGCCGCAGAGAAAGACCCCACAACAGUUAAUAGGGGGAGAAACAGCGGAAGAAGAUGAAGACGAAGGUGACGAUGACGACGAUCUUGAGUACUCGGUAACGCGAGAAGGCCCACCCAUUCUAGACGUCUGGCUACGCGCCGUUGCGGAAGCCGCCUACACGCGGCAGCGAUUCUGA